CAACUUAAAACACUGAGAUACUUGAUUUGCCAUUUUACAAAUCACAUUCACGCCAUGCAUUAUCCCCUGAGCACACAGUGCGCGCCAGAGACGGAUCCAGUUACCAACUUCGCCGACACCGGGCCACGUGACUCAGGUCCUCCUCGUUUUAAAAAGGGCUGCUGCCACCCUGUAAUUCCCUUCAGAGCCUCAAAGAAGGUGGUAAAUACUUCCCUGGUGCCAGCUGACCGACUUUCGCACCUUUUGCACCUUCUGUGUCAGAAGGCGAACCGGACACGAGAGUGUGCACCGCGCGACAGAAUAAGUGACGUUGCCAAUCUGCUGAUGGUGCGCUGAACCCAGUCUUUUUAGUUUUCUUUUUUGUGAUAAGUUGGCGUGCAUCCUGCAGAGUAAUCGGUCACCUCUGUCUUUGAUCUGUUGGUCCAAAGGAUGGCACAGGACCAUAGGAGCGCAUUUCGCGCCUCCGUUUUACUGGCUUGUGUGAUAAUCUGCAGUAACGUGCUAUGUCCCGUCGGUGCCUAUCUCUACAACAACCGCUACGCAGGUGAUCAAGUCUUCAGGAUAACUCCAAGUAAUGAUGAGGAAGUCCAAGUGCUCAAGACAAUUCUGUCUCAUAUGAAGGUGGAUUUUUGGCAGCCCAACAGUGUCUCUCUGAUCGGUCACAAUGCCACAGUGGAUGUCCAUGUAAAACGCAACAACACACGAGACCUGCAUGCACGUUUAAAGCAGGAACAUAUUGAUUAUCGGGUGUUUAUCUCCAAUCUGCAGAAGGAAAUUGAAAAGCAGACAGGAUAUCGCUCCUCUCGCAAGCGGAGGUCAGAGUCUCACUAUGACUACGAGGUUUACCACUCUCUGGAAGAGAUCCAGAGCUGGAUGUUCGAGAUGAACAGAACACACGAAGACCUGGUUGACAUGUUCUCGAUUGGGAAGUCAUAUGAGGGGAGACCGCUGUAUGUGCUUCAGCUAGGAAAGAGAAGUCGUCUCCAGAAGAAAGCUGUGUGGAUCGACUGCGGCGUUCAUGCCAGAGAGUGGAUUGGACCUGCAUUCUGCCAGUGGUUUGUCAAAGAGGCCAUCAACUCAUACCAGUACGACUCUGUGAUGAGACGACUGCUCAACCAGCUCAACUUCUAUGUUAUGCCUGUCUUCAAUGUGGAUGGAUAUCACUUCAGCUGGACCACGGAUCGUUUCUGGAGGAAAACACGGUCCAAAAAUCACAAGUUCCACUGCCGGGGAGUGGACGCUAACAGAAACUGGAAAGUGAAAUGGUGUGAUGAGGGUGCCUCCUCUCAUCCCUGUGAUGACACUUACUGCGGUCCCUUCCCCGAGUCGGAACCCGAAGUCAAGGCGGUCGCCAAGUUCCUGCGCAAGCACAAGAAGCGUGUCAAAGCGUACAUAUCCAUCCACGCCUAUGCCCAAAUGCUGCUUUACCCCUAUUCCUACAAGUAUGCCACCAUCCCCAACUUCAACUGUGUGGAGUCAGCAGCUCACAGUGCAGUGACAGCCCUGUACUCCGCCUAUGGAGUAAGGUACAGAUAUGGACCUGCCUCCACAACUCUGUAUGUCAGCUCAGGCAGCUCUAUCGACUGGGCCUACAGGAACGGGAUCCCUUAUGCGUUCGCAUUUGAGCUGCGAGACACGGGAUACUAUGGCUUUCUCCUGCCCGAAUCCCUGAUCAACCCGACUUGCACUGAGACUAUGAGGGCCGUGAAGGCCAUUGCAUCUGGUCUGCUUAAGAAGUGCGAGACAAACAGGGAAAGAUUUCCAUAUAUAUGACCAUGCUGUAGGUCCCUGGAGCCCCACCCUCACAGCUGCUUAUCUCAACACCUCAUAUUACUCUGAGAUUUCAUAUUAAUCCCAGAUAUUAUCAGCCGAAGAGCUGCAAAGCACCACCAAAGCAUGGGUUUUAAUUUGUUUUCCUUGUUCUUGAGGUUCUUUACCUCAUUUCUCUUCUCUGAUAAGACGUGAACUGAUGGUGGUGGGUUUCUUUGUGCCAAAAAUCCUAUAAGCAACCAGGCUGUUGACAUACAGUGAGAUCACACAGACAGUGUCAGGGAGCAUGCUGCUGGAUCACUGGGCUAUGAUUUGUACCGUCUGAGCCCAGGAUUCUUUCUAGCAUGUAAUCCCCAUGUCCCCCUAAGAUUUCCUGUUGCUCGCCACUUACAGAAACACAAGAAUAAUGCAGAUUUUACUAUCAAAUAAGCUUUUUUCAGUGAAUGGCAGUCAUGUAAGCACUUGUCAUGACACAGCAGCACUUUUUAAAAACACAUCUAAGAUUCUAAUGUCUUCCAAAAAUGUGUUGUAUUAAAAACACUUUUAAUAAGUUAUAGUUUUUAAUAAAUAUCCUUGCAUCAUUGUUGUAUUCAUUAUACUUCUGGUUGCCUUUUUAUUGCUUUAUUUUGGAUUAGUCCUACCAUGUGCCUGUUUAGAUCCUCCUUAAGCUAUGCUGUUAACGUAUUAAUGCCUUUAUUACUGCAAUAUUGUUGGUGCACAGAAUAUGCUAUCACCUGACAAUCUUCAAUUUGGUUUAAUUUUUAUUUUUUUAGGCAUGUUUUUUUCCCAUUCACAAUGUUCAGACUAAAAUUUGGAACUACUGUCAGUUCAGUAGCUUACUGUGUCAUUACUCAGGUAUGGAUCAGUGGCAGUGUCAGAUGUUUACCUUUUACAGCUUAUGUGCUUAAUGUGAGAUUUUAAUAAAUGUAUAAUAUCCGACUUGAAUAAAUGCUGUUA